AUGUGGCGGUGUUGUGGCCGAUUGCACGUUGCGUUGCUGCGGGGGUGGUGGGCCUUGACUGUUUUGCCGACAGGCGUUGCAGUGCGGCUGCAUGGCGCACCGACCAUCGAGCCGUGCGAGUGCCACGCCCAACGCCACUGGGACUGCGGGACGAAACAGCCGCGAGUGUCAUUUGGAGCCCGCGGCACCUGCUGGCCGCAGUUGGGCGGUGCGAGUGGGAUGCUUCAUCGCACGGGUGUUGUGAUGGCGCCUCGAAGCGGCAUCCCCGGCGAUGGUUCCGACGCUGCAACUCGCAGAGGAGUGGAGGGAACGCGGCAACCAAAGUGGACCAUGAGCAGCAACGUAGAGGACAUUCUGCUGGGUGGAGACACGAACACCGACAUGAAGCUGAACGAUUUUCUUCGGAAUUAUGUUGGCGGCAGGGCGGCCGUUGAUGAAGACCACAAUGUGACGAUGGAGGUGUUUGUUCAAGAGCCGGAUGCUUACGUACAAGACCAGCAGCUUCUUAGAAUUAUUUUUAAUUUAACAGAGUACCAAGAGAUGAAAAGAGAGUUGGAUGAGAUGAAAAUUCUAUUGGAGGAUAUUACUAAGCUUCAUCACGAGAGUGUGUUUUCGAUUGAACAAUGGAGGGACUAUGAAGGAAAGGAUACGGUCACUCCUCUUGCAAGGGGAAAACUAAACGCAGCCCUCACUCAGGUACUGACAGAAGAAAGGAGGAAGGCAGAAGAAAGGCUAAUAAGAGCGCAAGAAAUGAAAUUUACCAUUUCCACUACGAUCGAAGACGUACUGUUUAAAAGAAAAGUUCGCGUCAAUGAAAUGAAGUUGAACGACUUUCUUACGAUGGAAUUGGGCGGCAGGGGCGUUAUGGCCACCAAUCGGAGUGUUUUGCUGGAGGAGUUUUUCAAGGAUCCCAAGAAGUAUAUCCGUGAUAAGGGAGUAUUGAACGAAAUGCAGAUAACCGAUGCUUAUUUGAGGAUGGAGGGGGCUGUAAGGGAUGAAAUAAUCUUCGAAAAAGAUCGAAGUAAGCUUCGCAAUAAAGGUGCCAAGAAUCUACUUGGGUGGUCAAAAGCUGCUGCAAACGUAAAAACAACUGUUCAUAACUUCACUAAAGAUGCUUUGGAUGCAGCCCUUGAGGAGGUGAGGAACCCAACGACGACGAGCGCACCGGAGAAACUGGAGGGAUACUACGAGUCUGUGUACAAUGCGAGGUGGCAUCAUGUGGUGGAACUUCCUGACGACAAGGGAAUGAGAAUGAAGGUGCAUGAGGGGAAACCAGAACAGUCAUGGACGUACAAUGAAGUUGGCGAAUUCCUCGAAAAGAAUGACGGUGUGCAGAAAUCCGGUGCAGCACCUCCCGUGUUGAUGGUCCUCACCUCGGACAAGGGAUGGCCGUACUCGUGGAAUAUGAUACGGGAUCUUCCUAAGGACUUUUUUGUUAACUGUGAGGUGGAACGAGUGUGGCAGAUCGUCAAGCGCGAUCUAACCAAUUGGUUCAGCAAUUUUCAUUUGACUCUCAAUUCUUCACCUUUGCCGCGUGUGUUGAUUGGGACGCCCGGGAUCGGGAAGUCGGUGGCUGCCGGCUCGUACCUCCUCUACCAGCUGCUGCACUGCGAUGUGGAGGAGCUCCAAGUGGUUGUCCACUGUUUUGGUGGACGUGAUGUGUACGUGUUUGACAAGACCGCCAAAACCGUGAGAAGAUACAGCGAUGAGGACAUGUGCAUCACGGCUUUGAGAAGUUUAAGGGAGCAUGGAAUGAAAGGGUAUAUUAUUUACGAUGUGGCAAAGAAAGGAACGCCACCACUGAGACAUUUUGCGCCUACUUCUGGAUGGGGCAUGAUUGUGGUGUCAUCCCCAGAGGUAAGCAACUAUGAUGGAUGGGCGACGCAAGUAAAAGCCACGCGAAUCAUCAUGAAUUGCCCCGACGAGAUGGAUGUGGAGGCGAUGUGUGCAUGGAUGAAGCGUGAUGAGACUAAAGAGAAACAAGCGGGAUACUGGAAAGAGGUCGAAAAACGCAUUGAAAAAGUGGGGCCGAUUCCACGUUACAUCUUUCGUGAGAAAAUUUAUAUUAAUCGCAAGGGUGCCGUUAAUGAUGCUUUGUUAGGGAUCAAACCUAAUGAUGCUGAAAAGUACUUUACCCUGGGAGGAAAGAAAGAAUGGUAUUCCGAGGAUCCGUCUCACAAACUUGUGAAGAUUGUCCGGGCAAGAACAGUUGAAGGUGCUGAGGUAUUUCUCAACGCACCGAUAUGUGCUGAUAUCGGGUUUCGAAUUGCGGACCGUUUGGCAAAGAAAAUGGCUGCGAAGGAUCUUUUGUUGCUAAUAUUGAGAUCGCGUGGUGCCCUUGUUUCCCGAACUCUGGAAAAAUUCGGUUUGCGCGCCUUCAUGUAUGGGGAGUUUGUCAGUGCACUAUUAAAGGAACUAAAUGAGCUGAGGCCACCAGAACGUGAAGCACAGGAUUCGGUGCUGAAAAUAAACCAUCAAGGGUACCCCACUCGCACCGUUGGAUUACCGUCGAUGGAAGGCGGUGUCACGAGGAUUUCGAUGGAGUACAGGGUGCUGUACAUACCGGCGGUUGAAAACUUUCCGCUGGUGGACGGCUUUUUCUUUGUUGAUUCGCCGCGGAAGACUCUGGUUGGGCUGCGGAUGACUACGGCGGGUGGGCACCACACCAUAACCAGCACUGUGAGGCAGUUCACUGAGUGCCUGGCGGAAUAUUUUGAGGGUUGGGAGGAAUUAUCCCGAGAAAUGUCGUGGGAGAUGAUUUACGUGCAGCACGAAAACAGCACAAUGAUAACGAAAUGGCAGAGAUGUGGUCCCGUCGAUCCCAAUAAUUUGAGCGACGCUGAAAAAAAAAUUGUGGCGUUCUGGGACGGAAAGGUACACCAAUACCAGUUUGUGUUAACAACUGAUUUUGUAAAUAAAAUCUGA